CUGACGGAGUGUUGUUGGCUCACUACCGCUCGUUUGUGGUUAAAUUAAGGUAGUUUACCCCCCAGAAUGACGUGGCUCUUGCCGGCAGCUAUGAGAGGAGGCGACGUUUUCCAGGCUAGCCAGCGCAGCGGCAGACGGACACCAGCCGCCAUACACACCACUACCCCUGUUCUGUCCAGCGAAGAUUGUGUGCGAGGUCGUGCCGCAGGGGAGGCACGAGCGACGAGAUCAAGCACGAAGAGCCAGUGUGGGCGAGUUGUGGGCCCUUACGAGUGCGUGGGACUCCCUACAUGUGUUGCCGCCGUGCCAGUGGAGGAGACGGCCAUGACAGGAGGGAGACACGACGUUGGAGACAUGUGAUCACCAAGACUGUGGUGCCUGCUGUGCUGCUAGUUCUGUGCUCUGUAAAUAAACUGCAAUUGGGAGAACAGUGUUUCGAGUUACGCCCUGCCACAAGCUAUCUAGGCAUUAUGGCAGACCAGCCCUCCCUUGAUCUGAGACUGAUACCGGAGUACGACGGCUCAGGCGCGCAGUCAGUGGUGGAAUGGAUAGAAAAGCUCGAGCUCAUCUGUAAGCUGCGCAACGUCAGUGAUGUGGCCAGUGUUAUCCCUCUGCGUCUGUCAGGAGGUGCAUUCGCCGUAUACUUGCAGCUUGCAGAGGCGGAGAGGAAGAAAGUUGAGAAGAUCAAGGCGCUUGUGGGCGCUUUUGCCAUGGAUUCGUAUAUCGCAUACAAACAGUUCAUCUGCCGGAAACUACAAGCUGGUGAGAGUCCGGAUGUCUUUUUGGCGGAGUUACGCCACCUGGCAUCACUGUUCGGAGGCAUGUCCGAGAAGGGACUCGCCUGUGCUUUCGUCGCUGGUCUUCCGGAAGGCAUCAGGCGACUACUGAGAGCGGGCUCGCGGAUGGAGACACUUGACCUGCCUCAAAUCCUGGCGCAGACGAGGGCAGUGGUCCAUGACGACGGUGCCGGUGGUGUCCAUGAAGUAUGUUUCAGCGCCAGGGCUGGGAAUACGAACAUUGGCCCAGAUCAACGGUGUUUCGUCUGCAAUGGUGUGAACCACUUUGCCAGAGACUGCUUGGCUCAUCAAGACACCUAUAGCGGCAGGAGCCAGAGGAGCGCUGGACACACUUCAAGACGUGGUGUGAGGUGCUACCGCUGUGGUGUCCGGGGCCACAUCGCGUUGGCAUACCCGGGAAACGACCGUGGAGGGGAGGCAUCAGCGCCAGCCUCCUCUCUGGACAAGCAGUGAAUGAGGCGCUACCCAUUGCGGAGGUGUGGCUGGACAGGAACCGGCGCAAAGUACUGGUGGACACUGGGUGCUCGCGGUGCGUGGCUCACGUCUCGUGCUGCAGAAAGCGGAGGAAAGAAGAUGUGGCUAUUUUGACCAUAAGCGGUGAGGAGCAGAAAUGCGAGGGUACGGGUGUCGUGCGCCUCCAACUUGACAGUGGUACCUCUGUUGACGUAAAAGUGUUUGUGGUGAGUGACAAGCCCCUGGGCUUCCCGUUCGUGUUAGGGAUGAACGGUGUUGUGGCAUUGGGGGGAGUUGCUGUCAAUGCGCACCGGCAAGUACGGUUCGGUGUCGAGGACGCGCCGAUCUGCGCGGCUGCCGGCGCUACCACUGACAUACAAGUGGAUGAACAGGACUUCAGUGUUGCCUAUGAUACUGCAAGUAACACCUGGACGGCGGCAUGGAAGUGGUCGGGGGGAGACGAGCCCGGCGUCUUGCUGAACAAGGUGGAGGAGUACGCUGUGCCAAGUGAAAUAAGAUCGCGGUAUGAGGAGGAGGUGGAUAAGUGGAUAACAGACGGAUGGUUGGUGCCGCACGACUAGUAUAAGCACAGUCCUGCAAAAGGACUGA